CUAGGUCAGACAUCAUAUUGGGGGGCACUCUAAACCAGCUUAGCAUGAUUCUCCCUAACGUGGGUGGGGCCAGCCAAAGACAGAGUCCCUGGAGGAGGGUGUGAGGGACAUUGUAUUCCUUCCCCAGGAGACAUGGAUGCCUUGGAACUUGCCAGAAAGCUGCAGGAGGAGGCCACAUGCUCCAUCUGCCUUGACUACUUCACAGAUCCCGUGAUGACCGCCUGUGGCCACAACUUCUGCCGCGAGUGCAUCCGGCUAACCUGGGAGAAGGUCAAAGGCAGGAAAGGGGGCAGGAAGCGGAGGGGCUCCUUCCCCUGCCCCGAGUGCCGCGAGCUGUCCCCCCAGAGGAACUUGCGGCCCAACCGCCUGCUGACCAAGGUGGCCGAGAUGGCGCGGCGGCACCCAGCCUUGCAGAGCCAGGACCUCUGCAGGGUGCACCAGGAGCUGCUCAAACUCUUCUGUGAGGACGACCAGAGCCCCAUCUGUGUUGUCUGCAGGGAGUCCCGGGCGCACCGGCCCCACAGGGUGGUCCCCAUCGAGGAGGCCGUGCAGGAGUACAAGUUGAAGUUGGAGGCGGACAUGGGGUACCUUCGGGAGGAGAUGAUGAAGACGGGGAAGCUGCAGGCCAGGGAGAAACAGACCUUGGCCGAGUGGCAGGUGAAGGUGAAUGAGCACAAGCAGCGCAUCCAGCUGGAGUUUGAGAAGAUGGGCCUCCUCCUGCUGGAGAAGGAGCAGGGCCUCCUACAGGCCCUGAAGCAGGAGGAGGACGAGGUAGUGGCUAGGCUGCGGGAGAGCGCGGCCACACUGGAGAGGCGGAGCCACGCCCUGGAGAGGCUCCUGCUGCCACUGGAAGACAGGGAGGAGCACACGCCCCUGCAGAUGCUGCAGGACAUGAAGGAGCUCCUGAGCAGGAAGAACAGCCUGAGUAUUCAGUACCCGGAGGCCACCCCUACUGUGCUGAGGACGGUCUGCAGGGUCCCCGGGCAGAUAGAGGUGCUCAAGAGCUUUCAAGAGGAUGUGGUGCCCGACCCCACCACCGCUUACCCCUACCUCCUCCUGUACGAGAGCCGCCUGAGGCGCUACCUGACUGCCCCACUGGAGGGCGUGCCCCACAGCAAGGACAGAUUCCUGGCCUACCCCUGUGCCGUGGGCCGGGAGACCUUCUCCGCGGGAAGGCACUACUGGGAGGUGGGCAUAAACCUCACCGGUGACGCACUCUGGGCGCUGGGCGUGUGCAGGGACAACGUGAGCCGCAGGGACAGGGUCCCCAAGUCCCCUGAAAACGGGUUCUGGGUGGUGCAGCUGUGCAAGGGAAAGAAGUACCUGCCGGUCACAUCCGCCCCGGCCCCUGUCACGCUGGCCGAGCCCCCCAGCCACGUAGGGGUCUUCCUGGACUUCGAGGCAGGGGACGUGUCCUUCUACAACCUGAAGGACGGGUCCCACCUACACACCUACACCCAGCCUGAAUUCUCCGGCCCCCUGCAACCCUUCUUCUGCCUCGGGGCCCCCAAAUCAGGCCAGAUGGUCAUCUCUACAGUGACCUUGUGGGUGAAGGGAUAGGGGCAGAGGCUGGGGCGGUGCGGGCGGCCCUGGUUUCCCGGGAAGGUGAGGUGGCCCAGCUCAGCACAGGCCACCUGCCAGGCUUACCUC